AUGCGUCUGACACCCUCGGCACCCUCCCUGACGGACCUCUUCGAGGUCCAGCGUCUGUUCGACUUCAUCCCGCCCUCCGCCGCCGUCGGGCUCGCUUCCACCUGCUGGUCCGCCCUGGUGGCGGUGCUGCGGUACGGCUGCGGGUACGAGGGCGUGGCGGACUGGUGGGCGCACGACGGCCUCGACCGCUGGUCUGAUGAGAGCAAGCACCGUGUGGCCGUGCGGUGCCCUGUUCUUGGGGGACCGUAG